GUUAGGGAAACUAUCAGAUGUGUUCGUUUUUGUGUACGGAAGUGAUCAGCAGGUUGUAAGGUCAGGGGGUAAAGGCUAGACCUCUUUCGAUUGAGAAUACUCACAGCCAUCUUGGAUCUAACGAAGCGAAGGGAAAUUGAUGCGGUGACGAAAGGCAUGUUUGGUGCUAGAAAGAAAUUUGUAGAGUUCGUUGACGUUGUCGAUAACGACUUUACCGAUGAAAGCAUGUACUACAACCAGCCGACGAUGUUUCCACAUCGGUCGGAUAAAGAUAUGCUGUCCUCUCCCUCACCAUCGUCAUCGGGUCAGCUGUCGCAGCUCGGUGCGAGUUUAUAUGGUCCACAAAGUGCACUCGGCUUCUCAGUAAGAGGCAUGGGAAACAACACACCUCAGUUAAACCGAAGUCUAACGCAAGGUUCGCAGCUACCGAGUCAUAUCACCCCCACAACAGGAGUCCCCACCAUGUCUCUCCAUACCCCACCAUCACCAAGCAGGGGGACGUUACCGAUGAAUUCGAGGAACGUGCUGAAUCACUCUCAGGUCGGUCAAGGCAUUGGGAUAAGCGGCAGGACCAACAGCAUGGGCAGCUCGGGGCUGGGAAGCCCCAACCGUAGCUCACCCAGUAUCAUCUGUAUGCCCAAACAGCAGCCAGCACGCCAGCCCUUUACCAUAAACAGCAUGUCAGGAUUUGGGAUGAACCGCAAUCAAGCUUUCAUGAACAACUCAUUAUCAAGCAACAUCUUCAACGGCACAGAUGGGAGUGAAAAUGUAACAGGACUGGAUUUGUCAGACUUCCCUGCAUUAGCAGAUAGGAGUCGGAGAGAAGGGACCGGAAACCCUACACCAGUUCUCAACCCACUGACUGGACGAGCGCCUUAUGUUGGCAUGGUGACAAAGCCAUCAACUGAGCAGACACAGGAUUUCUCCAUCCACAAUGAGGACUUCCCUGCACUGCCUGGGCCAAACUAUAAGGAUCCCACGUUGAACAACGAUGACAGCAAAACUAACUUGAACUCCACAAACAAGAGCACAUCCAAUGCAGAUGGGCCCAAGUUCCCCGGAGACAAGACGGCCUCAGCACAGAACAACAACCAGAAGAAAGGGAUUCAGGUGUUGCCUGAUGAACUGAUUGCAACUAAACUCUUUGACAGAAACUUGUACCCCAAGUUUGCCUCUCCUUGGGCUUCCGCACCUUGUCGACCUCAAGACAUCGACUUCCAUGUUCCAUCGGAGUAUUUAACAAAUAUCCACAUAAGGGACAAGUUGGCUGCCAUCAAACUGUCUCGAUACGGUGAAGACCUGUUGUUCUACCUGUACUACAUGAAUGGAGGAGAUCUGCUACAGCUUCUGGCAGCAGUGGAGCUGUGA